AUGGCCACGGGGAUGUUUGGAAAAUGCGUCGUCAAAUUGUUAGUUGUAAUUUCCGUAACUAUUGGCUUACACUUUCUAAUCGUGUCCAUGCUCGGGUUUGGUCGUUUUCUGGCUGGUUUCAGCUCGCCGCUGUCCGUUUGUUUGCCAUCGGACAUUCGUAAGUUGAUAAAAAAAAAUAAGAAAACAAAUUUAACUAUUGUAUAAUAGAAGUGGUGGUAGCUUGUGAGCCUCUCAAGUGGCGAAGCAAAUAUUUUGAAUAUUUCAAGAGGCGGAGGUGUUAAUAUACCUACUUAGAUAUUAUAUAAAUGUAGGUAUACCUACCUACUAUUAAAAUAUGAUGUUAUCAUACGAAUUAUUAUAUUAUUUUGUUGAAUUUAGAUAUCAGAUUACUUAUAAGUAAUUAAUUUGAGGUCCUAUUUUAAAAUAUUUAGUUAAUUGAUAGUGAAUCAUUUUGGUGGUUACAUACUCAGUAACCGGUGACAACGAAAAUAUUCGUUUAAAACUAAUUCUAACCUUACCCCCCCCCCCUCUUUCAACCAAUCAAAAAGGUUUGAAUAUAUUAGGUCUUGAGUUUAGAAUAAAACAUUUAAAACAAAAUAUUUCUGUAAUUAAAUUAAUUAUUUAUUAUCAUGAUCACGAAAAUGGCGUGAUAUAUUAACACGUGCUUUGCCAAAUGUAUUUAAUUUUAAGUAAUAAUUCUGGAGAUAAUAAAAACUAUUCGAGAUAGAAAUGAAGUUAAUUUAAUUAUUUUGUAACUGAUUACAAUUUUGAAAGGAAAAUAGUAAAAACUAGACUAUUACUAUUAACGAAUUUGUGGUUAUAUUCUGACUAUUCACAGUUUAGUGAAUAUUAAUAUACAUCAUUUUUAGAAUGAUUUUACUCCGAUCAUCAACUUCUGAGUGGUUUUGGAUUUUGGUAGAAAAUAAUGUCUUGUUAAUCCAUUGUAAGGUUGUUCAUUAAUUAACAAAUAAUAUUAAUAAUAAUGAUUUAUUAAUUAGUUCAUAUUUGAAGUUUUCAGACCGGGUGCAUUUUUCAAAAUAUUCCGACGAUUUUGAGAUAUUAAUAGAUAUUUAACAUUUUUAAGUUGUAGUUUCUGAGCAUAACAAUUAAGAAUAGAUUGGUUUUACUUUGGUCUACGAAUUCUAGUUUUUUUUCCUGUCUGUACAAUUGUAGGUGUUAAGAUAUAAGGUACUCGUUCAAUAUGCUACCUACCGCACGUUUGGUGGUUAGUAGUCUUUGGUAUGCUAUCUACUUAUAACUUGAUUAUUUUGGAAUUAAGAUUAGGCUUCUAUCAAAUUUGGAUUUUUAUAUACUAUAAACAUUUAAUCAUUUGGAAAUUAAGAAUUAGAUUUUUUACAACAAAAAUGAAUCAACUGUAAGUUAUUUGUGUCGAUAUAUAAUUCAAAAUAAAGAAAUGUGUGUAGGUACGUUUUUUAAAAAACAGUGAUUUAUUAUUAAAUUACCGAAUGAACAAACAUCUACUAAAAUUAAAAACUAAACAAUUUAUGGUGGUGAAUUGAAUGAAGUUCUUAAAAAUAGUAUAGGAAACGAGAUUCAGUAAGAAUUUAACAAAGUAGAAAUAAAUACCGCAUUAUAAAGGUAAGACAAUUUUUAUUUGUCGAUAGGUACCGUAUUAAAUCAAUAUAAAAUUAUGGUAGAUAUAUUAAACUAGUACUUACCAGAUUUAAUUUUUACAGAGAUAUUUGAUGUAAUCAUAGGUUUUUCUACGAUGCGCCUUUUUACAUACAGUUCUAUAAAUACUUACCUAACAGUAUUUAAAAAACUAAAAUAUUAACUCUGCAUAACACAGUGUAUAAUUAUUUAAUUUUUUAUAGAUAACAUUUAUUUUCGGAUUAUCGUGGACUGGACAUUGGCGUCGUGUUAUCUAUAUUCACCUAGGAUUGUUGGUUGUGCUGUACAGCAGAUCGUAAAUUUGUCUGGAUUACCUAGCUGUUAUUUCAAAUUUACCAAAAUCGUCUUACUCGUGUCUAUUUUGAACGUAAACAUUUUGCACGUAUAUAGUAUUUUCAUUAUACAAUUUAUAAACCUGCUUAAUCAGUGAAAAUAAUUUAUUAUUUUUAAGGGAAAAAUUACACUUUGGCAAGCAAUUCCCGAAAUAUGUUUAUGGCAUCUGAACUAUGCUGAACAUACUCAUUUAUAUUUACACUGUUCCAUGUGGAUUAUAUGGUUGAUGAUUGUGUUUGCAAUAGAUAUUAUGGAAAUAACGGGAGUCAAAACGGUAAUGUAA